AGAAUAACGAACAUCCUUGCCUGAGUCAAAUACGCAAAGCCAAGGCAAGAGAGCCGAGAGAAAGUGGUUGAAUUUGUUUCAUACACACUCCCUGAAGAGAGGCAAUGUCGUACUACGAGCCUCAGACGGCCAAGAAGGUCUACCUCUAUAGGAACGGGACGAUCAACGCCGACGCUAAGCUACUGGUGGUGAACGGUCGACAGGUCCGCGACUUCAGCGCGUUCCUGAACCGCGUCACGAGCGGCAUUCGAGCCCCCGUGGCCGUACGCAACAUCUACACUCCCAUGCACGGCCACAAAGUUCGCUCGUUGGGGGAGCUUCAGAGCGGACGCUACUACGUCGCAGGGGGUUCCGAGCAGUUCAAGAAAGUGAAGUAUGGAUCUGGACCUAAACUGCUCCCCAGGAGACAGCAGAGACUUGAGCCAGCGGCUCCUCCUUUGCUGCCAGCACCUCAUGUGAUUGUCGCCGAGUCGCGCUACAAACGACCGGUGGAAAAACCUUUCGUCAUACAGUGAGUGACACUUUCUGGUAUAUAUAUAGCUACAGUUAGUCCUUCAACCACGAAUAAGGGGCACCUUGGAAACAUCAAUUCAGAAGCAUCCCUUGUUCAGAGGUAAUAGUUAAUGUGAUAGUAUAGAGCAGAACCAAAUGAGCCUUUAGAGCGGUGUUCUCAACCCGGUAGCUCCUUUGAGUCAAAAACCACGAUCUUCUCUCUGUCUGUCUGCAUGUUCGGCUAUCCAUUUCUCUGCAGUGUGUUCAGAAACGGUGACGAGUUAUUCCACGGUGUUCGUGUCCUCCUGCCCAAGAGGGUAAUGGUGUCCUGGGAUCACAUCCUGGAAAUUGUCACUGAGAAGGCCGAUCUCUAUACGCCGGCCAAGAAGCUCUGUACAUUGGACGGUGAGGUCGUAAAUCAACUACUUGAUGGAGGAAAGUACGUCGCAGUCGAAGGCAGCAAACCCUUUAGGAAAGUCGCUUACUGCGCAACCAACAUCACCACUCUCCGGAGAAAAAGAAAUAUGACGCUGACGCUGCCAGUAGUGACAAGACGGUUGCCGAAGCCCCGGGGCGGUGGGUGGGGCCGCCCCUCCCUCCCUCCUCCUCCUCUUCUCUCUCUGUCCAACACAGCCCCACAUGCAAGACCACAACCACCACCUGUGGACCCGACUGCCAUUCUGCUGGUUCCUCCGCAAAGGAAGGUUCGUCCGAUGGCCGGGAGGCGGAACAAAGAGGCCCGAGAGAGAGCUCUUCUGGAGAACAGAGAUGAUUCGGUGUUUGGAGGUAGUCCAGUGAUGCAGAGACACCCUCGCAUGCCCUCUCCCCCUCCCUCCGCCUCCGCCACAAACUUCCUCCUCAGGGAACACAUGCGCACCAAUGGAAGAGAACCCGGUGAGGGGAGGGGGCAUGGUCACGUUAAUUUCCAUGGCAACAACGACAAUGAUGUAAUGAAUCUUAACCCACUGCCAUCGUUGGGCGGAGGAGCCCAUGAUAGUAACGAGGAGGGUGUGGUUACCAGAAUAGUCGCGGGGGAAGGAAAUUUUAAAAUGGGGCCGAAAACGGAGGUCACAAUUUCGAUUCAAGAUAGCGACUUAACCCCUUACCCACCACAACCGCUAAGUGUAGCUGAAGAUAGUUUGGUGGAAGAUAUCGCAGACCGAGAGGGGGAGGUUUCCACUGAUGAUGGAAAUGCUACUCUAGAAAGGGACCAUACUGAACUUCCAGAAGAGGGGGUUCGAAACGAAAUUCCUAAUCAGGGGGUCCGAAAUCAAAUUUCCAGAAAGGGGGGCAGUAAAAACAGAAGUCGACGAGGAACCCCUAGUGAAGGGACCAAAAUUCACGUUCCCCCGGAAAGAGUCCAAAAUAAUGCCCCUCCCGAGGGGGCCCAAAAUUCUGCCCCCACAGAAGUAGGCCAAACCACAAAUGACAAUAGCCAAACCCAACUCCUGACCACCGAUGGUAGUAUUCCCACUAGUAAGAAGGAGAGCAGGGAGAGAAAGAAAAGUGGUAGAAAGCUCAGAAACAACCAGAAACAGGACCAUCAAACAGAAGGUCUCGAUAAACAAUCGGGAGAAGGCGGCGAAGCUAAUAUUAGUGAGAAUGUUCCCGAUGAAAUAGAAGUCGAAGAUGAAAUAAAAUCAGAGGUAGAGGGAGGCAAAGAAUCUCCCAACAUUACGGGAACCAGGCAGGCUGAGCCCGAAGAGGUUCCGGAGGAAGAGGGCGUGGCCAACAGGUCAGAGGUCAAAGAGGAGACAGAGGAACCAGAGAUGAAGCUCCAGGGCAAAGAGGUUGAGCUGGUGUCCCACACUCCCCAAACGACCGUCGACCUGACGUUGACCAGAAGACACCAGGAGCCAGUAAUGAAUGCUGACGACAGGGGCGAGGAGAGUUUGCCCCGCCAGCAAACUGAAACUUUGAUGACAAACUCAGAGAAUGGCGACACUACUGGCCUUCAAACAGAGGCCGAUGGCAGAGAGGGAGGAGAGGGGGAAAGAGAGAAAACUGCUGAGAAUGAAGGUUUAACCCCUCCCACACAGGAUUCACAAGCCACACCCCCAACUCCACCCACUAAUGAUGACGAUGAGCAAGUUCUUAUUGUCGAAUAACUAACUCAUUACCUCGCUGAUUACGUAUGUACUAUGUACUGCAAAUUCUCAAUGAAAGUUUCGUUUUUGUAAACCUUCGCUCUACAUCACAC